UUCACUCAGACUCAUGUCCAUCGAGUCAGUGAUGCCAUCCAGCCAUUUCAUCCUCUGAUAGCUAGGUGCUAGCUGGAGAACAGAUAAAUCCAGCUCAUAUUUUAAACAACAGGAUGCUAACUCAGUAUUAGUGCCUUAAAGUAAAAUGGUUUAUAAGAGAAAAUGGUCUCUCAAAUGUUCUGAUGGAAUCAGAGAUGCAUGGCUAAUAAUACCCAGUCAGCCAGGUUUCCUGACUCUUCACUGAAACACCCUGAAUGAAGACUAGGAGUAGAGUGUACUGUGCUAUGUGUACAAAUCGCAGAGUUAUUACAGAGCAAGGAGUGAAAAGUUGUGUUGUGGAUUCAGAGGCAACCAGAGAAGGCAUCAGAGAAAGCAGUAUCCAAACACAGACUCCACAAGAUCAGUGAGACCUUGAGAGACGGGCAAAGAAAACGGUUUGAGUUGAUCUGGUUAAUCUUUAAUGGAUGUUAAAAAGUAUGAAGACUCUGUUUCUUUCUCUAACAGGUGUUGGGGUUGAUGACAUGUUUAUCAUGAUUUCUGCCUGGCAGAAGACCAGCCUCACGGAUAGCAUAAGCGAGCGGAUGUCCGAUGUCUAUUCAAAAGUGGCAGUGUCCAUUACGAUCACCACCGUGACCAAUGUCCUGGCCUUCUAUACAGGAAUUAUGACCUCUUUCAAGUCCGCACAAUACUUUUGCAUCUAUACAGUAACAACCCUGCUCUUCUGUUAUUUUUAUAGCAUCACCUGUUUUGGAGCAUGUAUGGCCCUGGAUGGGAAAAGAGAAGUAGUCUGUCUGUGCUGGCUGAAGAAGCCAGAAACGCCUAACCAAAAAUGUUCUUCAUUAAAAAAGUCCUGCUGCCUCCCAGGUAAUUCUCUCCAAGAUGAAUAUAAAGCUGACAUCCACCCAAUGAAUCUGUUCUUUAGAGACUAUUUUGGUCCUUUUCUCACAAGCACCAAGUCCAAGAUUUUUGUAGUGCUCCUAUAUGUUUCGUACAUCAUAACUAGUUUAUAUGGGUGUUUCCGAGUGCAGGAAGGUUUAGACCUCCGAAAUUUGGCAAGUGACGACUCCUACAUCACACCAUAUUUUAAUGUAGAAGGAGAACAUUUUUAUACUUAUGGUCCCAGGGUUAUGGUAAUCAUUACUGAGGUUCUUGACUACUGGGAUAAAGAUGCUAGGCAAAAACUGGAAAAAUGUCUGGCAGAUUUUGAAAACAAUGAGUAUGUAGAUGAAAACCUUACAGAGUUUUGGUUACGAGAAUAUGUAAAAUAUAUGGAAAACCUCCGUCAAGAUAUAAAUGAUAAGACAGCGUUUCUAAGCAAUAUUCCCACUUUUUUAAUGGAAUUUCCACUUUUUUCAUAUGAUAUUAAUAUAACAUCAUCACAGGAAAUCAUUUGUUCCCGGGCCUUCGUUCAAACCAUGGGUAUUUCUUCUUCAACCAGUAAGAAGCUGAUGUUGCUCCAGUUCCAAGACAUGGCUGAGAAGUGUGAGGUUCCCCUGAUGGUGUACAACUCGGCAUUCAUAUAUUUUGAUCAGUUUUCUGCAAUAGUAGAGAACACUGUGCGAAAUGUGAUUGUUACCUCCGCAGCUAUGUUCAUUGUUUCCUUAUUAUUAAUUCCUCAUCCCCUGUGUUCUUCGUGGGUAACUUUUGCUAUUGCUUCUAUGAUUGUGGGCGUCACGGGUUUUAUGGCCUUCUGGAAUGUCAACCUUGACUCCAUAUCCAUGAUUAAUCUUGUCAUUUGUAUAGGGUUUUCUUUUGACUUUUCUGCUCACAUUUCCUAUGCCUUUGUUUCCAGUUCAGAGCCCUUGGUAAACCGAAAAGCCAUCGAGGCCCUGUAUCUGCUGGGCUACCCCGUGUUACAGAGUGCAGUUUCAACAAUAAUAGGGGUGUGUGUCCUGUCUGCAGCUAAAGCAUACAUCUUCAGGACAUUUUUCAAGAUUAUGUUUCUUGUGAUGGUAUUUGGAGCUGCUCAUGGUCUAAUUUUUAUCCCAGUAUUCUUAACCUUUUUUUGAAAGUUACUUUGAAUCGGUCGGUCUGUCUGUUCAGUCCUCAGUCGUGUCCGACUCUUUGCGACCCCAUGAAUCGCAGCAUGCCAGGCCUC